AUGUUUCCUAAAGCAGCUCCAACUGAACCAACUCGAACAACUAUUCCACCAGCAGCUCCAGUUUCAAAUUGGAGUGUAGCUUUAUAUCGAAAAGCUGAACCUAUUCUACCAUUAAAUCCUUCAGAUGUAUCUCAAACACCAGCUCCACAACAAACAAAUGGUUCAUUUUAUGUUCAACUUCAACAACAAGCUAGUGCAUCAUCACCAAGUCGUUCAGAUGUACUUUAUUUUCGAUAUCAAGCACAACAACAAAAAAAUAAUGCGAAUUCAUAUACGCUCCCAUUUACUAUAAGUCAGUUGAAUAAUAUGAAUUUAUCACCGGAUACAGCACCAAUUUCAUCAACAUCAUCAAGAUUUUCUGGUUUAGAACAACAAUCAGGUUUGAAUGAUUCAUCAGAUAAUCCAUCAACAUUACUUCUUCGUGCAAAAGCUUUUCUUGGUGUUUUGGUAUUGAACAGUUCAGCAAACAGUAUUACUGCAAAUACUGCUGGUAUUAUUCGACCAUUUAUGAUAUUUGUAACUGAAGAAGUAUUCAUUGGACAAUUAUUUGAUGCAUAUAUUUUUCGUAUUUCACAAGUAGCAACUAUUUCUAUGCGAGAUAAUCCAGAAGAUGAAAUUUUUGUUUCUGGAAUAAAAAAAUUAUUUCAAGGACGUUGUUUUUAUUAUGCAACUUUUUUCAAUCCAGAAUUGAAUAAUAAUAAACGUUAUUUUAAUAAACCAUAUGAUAUAACAUUAUGUGCUCAAAGAAUGGUUCAAGGACAUGAUUCAGAUAUUCGAUUUUUUUGGAAUCGUGGUUUAUGUUUGCCUUUGCUUAAAUUUAAUAUUGACAUUCGCUAUUGGAUACCAAAAAUCAUGUGUGGCGGAAUUGAGACCUAUAGAAAUCCAAAUGAAGAUAUUGAAUUAUGGUUAAUAUCAAGAUUAAGUUGUGAGCGAGCUGGUACACGAUUUAAUGUCCGUGGUGUUAAUGAUGAUGGAGCUGUGGCAAAUUUUGUUGAAACGGAACAAGUUGUUUUUCUACCCCGACAAAAUCAUUAUUCAUCAUUUGUUAUUGUACGUGGUUCUAUUCCAUUGUUUUGGCAUCAACCACGUUUUCAAGUAGGCGCUCAUCGUAUUACAGUGUCACGUAGUGAAGCAUUGAGUUUUAAAGCAUUUUUUGAACAUUUUAAAGUUCUUUAUCGUCAUUAUGGUCGUGUAUUAAUUAUAAAUUUAGUUGAUAAACGCGAUGAUGAAAAACGUGUUGGUGAAGAAUAUCAUAAUUUAUUUGAAUUACUUGUUAAAACAUAUCAAUCAAAACAAAAAAAAGAAAAACCAUCACUUGGUUAUUUAACUGAAAGAGAUUUUAUUUGGUUUGAUUAUCAUGAACAAGUACGAGCUACAAAAGGUUUAACACCAGAACAAUUUGUUGAUAAAAUGCUUAUACAAAAUAAACAAUAUUCAAUUGGACAAGAACUUGAACGGCAAAGUAUAUUUACUUAUAUGGAUGAAAAAACUUCAAGUUUACAACAAGGUGUUUUCCGUAUUAAUUGUAUUGAUUGUCUUGAUAGAACAAAUAAUGUACAAUUAACUCUUGGAAUGGUUGUUUUAACCAUGCAAAUAGCCAAUUUAAAAAAAGAAGUUAAUAUUAAUAAUUUAGUUGAUCAUUUACGAGAUAUGUGGAUUAAUAAUGGUGAUCAUAUUAGUAGAAUUUAUACGGGUACUGGUGCAAUAGGGCAAAGGAAUAAAGCAAAAGAUAUUCAACGAAGUCUUGGUCGAGCUAUACAAAAUAAUUUACGUGAUGAUGAAAAACAACAAUCAAUGCAAACAUUAAUUUAUUCUUAUGCUAAAGACUCAUAUUUACAUGAACGUUCUGUUGCUGCUCUUUUAACACCUUAUGUCAUAUCCGAUGGUAUUAUAUUAAAUGAAAUGUUUCGAAUUCGUCAAGAAUUUGUUAGAAAAGAAAAAUUUCGUAUAUCAAUUGGUACAUGGAAUAUUAAUGGUGAUAGAAAUCCCGCUCUAGAAAACGAAUAUCCAUCUAUUCUUGAUGCAUGGAUAUUAGAUGGACCAGAAAAUAUUUCGUCAAAAACACGAAAAAAUAAUUCUAUUCCAACCAUUGGAUUUGUUAGUGAUGAUUAUAUAAAAUCAAUGCCGGAUAUCUUAGCUAUUGGUUUUCAAGAAAUUUGUGAUUUAACAGCUACAAAUAUGGUUUGGCAAAGUUCUGUUAAUGCAACUCGUUGGGUUGAUAAUGUUCAACUUCAUUUUAAAAAAUCUUAUCCAAAUGAUGAAUAUAUUCUAUUGGGUAAUGAUCAACUCGUUGGUGUAUGUUUGGCGAUAUUUAUUCGACGCGAUCUUGCACCAUAUGUCAAAAAUAUCGUUGUCGAUUCCGUUAAAACAGGCAUGGGUGGUAAAAUAGGCAACAAAGGAUGUGUUGCUAUUCGUCUUGUUUUACAUAAUACAUCAAUCUGUUUUAUAUGUGCUCAUUUUACAGCAGGGCAAAAUGAAUUUAAUGAACGUAAUAAAGAUUAUAAAUCAAUUAUGGAAAAACUUUUAUUUCAACCACCAUCUCGAGCAUUAUGGCAUGAUCAUAUAUUUUUUCUUGGUGAUUUUAAUUAUCGUUUAACAAUUCCACGUGUACAAGUUGAACAAUUUAUUAAAAAUGAAGCUUAUAAACAAUUACUUGAAUAUGAUCAAUUAAGAAAAGAACAUGCAGAAGGACGAGUCUUUCGAGAAUUUACUGAAGGUCUAAUAAAAUUUCCUCCAACUUAUAAACAUGAUAUUGGUUCAGAUGAAUAUGAUACCAGUGAAAAAGCACGUACACCAUCAUAUACUGAUCGUAUACUUUGGCGUAGUAUAUUUUCGAAUGUUCAAACAAAACAAGUAUAUUAUGGUCGUGCUGAAGUUAAAACAUCAGAUCAUCGUCCUGUAAGUGCAAUGUUUGAUAUUGAUGUUGAAAUAUGUGAUGAAACAAAAAUGCAUAAAAAAUAUAUUGAUAUAUAUGAACGAUUUAAACCAUCAAAUGCGCAAAUUAUUUUUGAUAUGAAAAAUGAUGUUAAUUUAAAUAAAAAUCAAUUAAUUGAAGAAUUUGAUAUGUAUGUUCAGAAAAAGUAUGGAUUUGAUACAAUUAUUGUUGAUCGAUUUUUUACAUCAAAUGAUAAACAGCUUUCAUUAAAUAUGUCUUUUGAAAAUGGUGAACAUGCACGAAAAGUUAUGGAACCAACACAAGAUCAACUUUCAAAUGGUCUUAGCUUCAAUAAACGUUUAAUAACGAUAAAUGAAGAUUUUGCAUUAAAUCAAAAACUAAAUCUUCUCUUUUCUAAUGCUGACGAAACAAUGUAUUCAAAAUCUGUUGCUUAUGAUCUUGGUUCGUAUCAACAACCAUCUCGUGAAUCACUUUCAACUUUACAAGAUGUUACAGUAGCUGGCGUUGUUGCUGAUGAAAAAAAUUCAAUCACAACAUCAAAAACAGAUAAUGAAAAUACAAUAAAUGAAUAUGAUAUUGAAACAUUAGAAUUAAUUAAAGAAUCUGAGCGAACAUUUGAACAACGUCGUCGUACUUAUGGUGAUAUAUUUGUUCGAGAUUCCGAUUCUGAUGAUGAAACUAAAAGUAUGGAUGGAACGAAAGAAUAUUCAAAAUCAUCAUCAAGUAGUGAUAGUGAUGCACCAACAUCAACUGAUUCUGAAGCUCCUUAUGGAUCAGAUUCGGAAUCAAGUUCAUCCUAUGAUGAAUAUCAUGCUGAAAGAAAAAUUCCAAAGAAAAGAAUUCAUGGGCAUAAUAAAGGUCCAUUAAAAUUAUUUUUUCAAGAAAGAAUCGUCUAUUGGCCAAAAGAUCGUUAUAAAAAAUAUAAACGAUAUCAUAUGAAAAAACACGGAAUAGAAAUUAAUUAUGGACAAAUUCAUACAGAAGAAAUUAAACAUUCAUUAAAACAUGAAAAACGUCAAAGAAAAAAAGAAAGAACUCCUUCAAUUACUUUAAUGACUAUGAUGGAAGGAUUGGCAAAACAGAUGGCUUUUGUUUCCUUAGAUCCUGAACUAUCUAUUGCACCAAUCGAAUCAGAUAAAACAUCAUUAUCAUCAAUGAAAUUAGCGAACAAUGAACAAAUUAAUUCGAAGUCAAAAUCAAUUUCCAAUAGAAUGAAAGAAAAAGUUAAAAAAUCUGUGAAGAGAAAACCUAAAUCAUUUACUAAUUCGAAUACUGAUGAUGAUGACAAGGUGGCAACAAACAGUGAUGCAACUAGUCGUACCAGUGGUGUUCCUGAUGAAGAAUCGAUAUUAACAGGUGCCGCUGAUAUCGAUGAAAGUCGACAUGAAUAUAAUGUUGGUGAAUUGAUUUCAUUUGCAUCUUUUGACAUUCCAACUGAUACUAAUCCAAAUGAUCAAAAACCAAAUUCAUUAUUGAAUGAUGAUAUAUUUGAUCCAUUUAAUUUUAUUGAUUCAUCAACUUCUACGAAUUCUGGAAUAGAUCAUUAUCCAUCAGCGACAACUUCUAGUUUUCAUAUUGAUCCAUUCAAUAUGAUUUCACAACCUUCUCGAGAAAACAAUUCAUCUGUAAACAUGUUUUCUUCAACUUUAAUAAAUACUAGCAAUAAUUUCUUUCAUCAAUCUCAACCACAACUUAUACCUACAAAAGUAUUAACACCAACACCCCUUGUUGCUGCUACUACUACUGCUUCUCAACCAUCAAUAACACUCAAAAAUCUGAGUUUAAAUCAAAAUAAAAAGAAAAAUGAAGUAGUUACUGAUUUACUUGAUUUGAGCGAGACAAGUGCAUCAUCAGAUAAUCUCAUAUUUGAUCCAUAUGCUUAA